AUGUCUGAGUAUGCACUGCACCCGCAGUCUGCCUGGGGCCCCGGGCAGUAUCAGCGAAAGACAUCAGAUCCUGAGCUCGACAUACCACGACCGUCAUCUCAGAUCCCUUGGAAGAUCACAAUCCCUAGCAUGCCACCUGUGGUGUCGGCUCGACUGAAGGCCUGGAGACGAAUUCUACUGGACUUGAAAGUCUCAACUACUGGCCAGCUCAAUCAUGUAUCACGGGCAGAACCCGCGAAGCGAUUAAGGCAAUACAGAUGGAUCGUGCUGCCGAUUUUUCUGACACUCUGCCUUUUGGUAGCUCUCCGAGCGCUAUUCGGACACGACCAUCAUGAUGCAAAUGCAAGACAUUUGGACCAGCUAGUGCGCAAAUUUGGCGAUGUCGGUGGCGGUGAUGUUGCCCAAAUGCGAUUGGGUUCUGUCCAAGCUGUGAAGGGAGCCAUGGGGUCUCUCGCCUCCAAAGACGAAGUAGAUCCAGAAGGUGAUGAUGUUGAUGGCCACCAUCAAACCGAUGGUACGUUCGCAAAACUGCAUGCCCGGCAAGAUGAGGCUAAGGAAGGUGAUGAAGACGACGAGGACGAUUUUGAUGUCGACACAGCCAUGCCGAGGACAGAUGAGAACGGCAGAGUUGUGCCCGACUACAGAGAGAUCUUCUCACUCACAACGCGAGACCGAAAAUACUUCCUCUUCUGGUUCGACGGCGAGGCUGCGUACAAUCCAAGCUUGAUCCCUCAUCCGACUUCGGCAGAGAAAUGGCUUGUAGUGGCCCAGCACGAACAGCCCGCCCAGGCUGCUUUUGCUCAGGAAAUUGUGUGUACUGCCAGCUUCUUGUUUGGUGUCUUGGUCUGCGAUGAUGCAACUGUGCUACCAGUACAGCCUUCAAUACUCGGGAACUGCCAAGGCGAGCUUGCUUGGGCGAAUCUGCGGACAGGACCUCGGGACGGCCGCAUGUUCUACGGACCAGGAGAGCCUUACUUCCUGUAUGGAUCGCAGUCAUCGAUCGCAUGCUUCGGGCAAUGGCUGCAAGAUGCACGCAUGAUGCUCGAGUCAUUCCGUCUGCAACGACCUCGAGUCGGACUGUUCAGGACUGCUGUGGAGCUACACAGGCCUGAACCCUGGCACGAAAUCGAGAAGAAUUUCUUUCUGUUCUGGGACAGCCGAGGCGCGGCUUACGUCCACCAUGAUGUCUGGCCUAACCGCGUAUUCGCCCAACUGGAGUAUCAUGGCGGCGUUGGACCCGAUCUCGCCCCAUUGGCAGCUAUCAAUGACUCGAGAUGUAUGGGCUCGUUCAUGCCAAACGCAAACAAGCAACUUCAGUCCAUCCACCAGGCUACCAACUCGUUGUCCAUCACUCUCUGCAAGCGAAAGGACAGGAGAUGCGUGCCCACGGACGACAACACCUUCAUCAUGCACAUCUUCCAUCACAAGACGUAUUACGACUUCCAUGCAGUGUACGAGCCGUACAUCAUGCUCUUCAGACGCAGUGCGCCGUUUGAGAUCCACGCUAUAUCGCAGCGACCAUACUGGAUUCACGGGCGAAGCGACUUGACAGAGGCGACAAACUCUGUCCAUUAUCGCAACAAGCCUUCGGAUAUACCGCCUGGUCACACGGAGGCUAUCUACAUCACAAGUAUGAGUUGGCGGAACCACAAGCAGAAGUAUCACGGCUAUAUUGACGAUGUCAUCUUCUUAGCGUUUGGCAUAGAGGACGCAAGGUCAGGGGCUAUUGACAUCGAAGCAGGUACUCUGUUACAAGAUCUGGCCUACUGCGAGCUUGCGAUGCCCGAUUAG